AUUUCUCUUAGGAAAAUCACCAAGCACUCAGCAACCAACAUUCAAUACUACCCUUUCUCUCCUUUUCUUCUUCCCUCAACAAAUACACAUACACAGAAUAUGGCCACAGCAGUAUUCUCUGUAAUUCCUCUUCUGCUCUUUGUGAUAAAUCUUUGCCUUAAAGGCGCUUUUGGAGACUAUGGAGGAUGGCAAGGUGGUCAUGCCACUUUCUAUGGUGGUGGUGAUGCUUCUGGGACAAUGGGUGGUGCUUGUGGGUAUGGCAAUUUGUAUAGCCAAGGGUAUGGUACUAACACUGCAGCACUUAGUACUGCUCUGUUCAACAAUGGCUUGAGCUGUGGAGCUUGCUAUGAAAUGAGAUGUGAUAAUGAUCCUAAAUGGUGUCUCCCUGGAACCAUCACAGUUACUGCUACCAAUUUCUGCCCUCCUAACAAUGCUCUUCCUAAUGACAAUGGUGGCUGGUGCAAUCCUCCUCUCCAACAUUUUGAUUUGGCUGAGCCUGCUUUCUUGCAAAUUGCUCAAUACAGAAGUGGAAUUGUACCCAUCUCUUUCAGAAGGGUCCCCUGUGUGAAGAAAGGAGGGAUAAGGUUCACAGUCAAUGGACACUCAUACUUCAACUUGGUUUUGGUGACAAAUGUUGGUGGAGCAGGAGAUGUUCAAGCAGUUUCAAUGAAAGGAUCUCGGACAGGGUGGCAAGCCAUGUCAAGAAACUGGGGACAGAACUGGCAAAGCAAUGCAAUCCUCAACGGGCAAAGCCUUUCUUUUCAAGUCACCACAAGUGAUGGUAGGACAGUGACAAGCUACGAUGUUGCGCCUGCUAACUGGCAAUUUGGGCAAACAUUUGAGGGUGGUCAGUUUUAGAUAUAUUUUUUUUCUUUUAGGACAAUAAAUUGUUAAUUUAGUUGCUACAAAUAAUAUUGUUAACGGUUUGUAAGAAGAUGUUAGUAUCAUCUUGUGAUUAAAAAAAGGGGUAUAGGAGGAGGUUGGCCAAUGUGGUCGGCUGUUGCUGAGGUGGUUUAUUUGGCACCCGCUAGGCCUUUUUAUAUAAAAAGAAAAAUGAAAUGAUUGUGAGAUUAAGAGAUGUUCCCUUUGCUGGCUUUUUGUUUCAUUCAAACCCAUCAAAUAUCAUUGUUUGCUUUGUUUAUAGAUUUAAUUCCAAUCCUAGUUGGGGCAAGUUACAUGGUGUUAUAAACUUUUUUGUUGUUAUUCGUUUA